AUGUCGGAUGCUACGGCUUACAUCUGCCCUGUGUGUGUUUACAAUUCAGAUAAUCUUGAAGAUUUAGAAGCACAUCUAUCUGCUGUUCAUGAAUGUUCAGAAACAUCAAAAGGAAAUAAAUCAGAUAAAGUUGAAAAACGGUCAUUAUCAGUCGAUCAAUAUAAUGAAGUACAGCCGAUGUCUCUGUUAUAUGACGAAACAAAUCUUGUCACCACAAAUUCCGUAAAACGUGUUAAAAGGGAAUUAUCCGCUGUCCUCAAUACCACAGCUUACAUUAAUUUGAAUGAUGACGAAUCAUCACAAUUGGAAAAUGAAGAAGGAGAGGAUGAAGAAGAGGAAGUUGGAGAAAAUGAUGAUGGUGAAUGUGCAAGAGAUGAAGCGAAAGAAGAAGACUUAGCAUCAUCAAGAUUAACUUGCCCAAUAUGUCAAUCAACUUAUCGACGAAUUGGACAUUUAAGGAGGCAUAUGGAACGAAAACACAAUAUUGAAACUUUAACAGCCAAUAGUAAUGAUCUGAGACAACAACAAAUGACAUAUGAUACCAACCAAAUUAAAGAACAAUCAUUGAAUAUGACUACCGAUCCACCGUCAACAUGUCAAACAUCUCCACCAUCAGGAAGCGAUUCUCUACUAAUAAAUGAUUCAAUUACUGAAUGCCCCUAUUGUGAAUAUAAAACAAAUGAUAUUGAACAAUUCAAACUUCAUAUAGCUGCACAUAUUCGUGAUAAAAAUUAUCGUUGCUUAUUAUGCAAUCGUUUAUAUAAAUAUCGUGGUGAUUGUUCAUUUCAUAUUCGACGAAAACACCAUCGUUAUAGCACAAAUUCAAAUGAUUAUAUUCAACGUUUUCUAUUCGAUACUGCUGAUGAUGAAACAAAUAAUAAUAACAAUAAUAAUAACAUUAACGGUACAGCGAAUAGCAAUGGCAAUGACGCGAUCGGUAUAAAAGAUAGUUCAGCAAAUGAUAAUGAUUUAUCUAUGCCGUCAAGGUAUUUUGGUUGUCCCUAUUGUGAUUAUACAUCGAAUUAUGGUGGAGAUGUGAGAAAACAUCAAGCACGAAAACAUCCAAAUUUUGAAUCGAAGGUAACUAAAAUAAUUCGGCAAGAGCAACAACAGCAAAAUAUCGAUUUAAAUGGACAUGAAAGUGAUUGUCAACAGUGUGGUUCAAAUGAUGAUGAACGAUUUCAACAGCGAGAAAUUGGACAGCAAAAGGAAGAGAUGAUAUCUAAUGAAACAGUACAUUCGAAAGGCAAUCAUAAAAUAAAAAAGAGGGUAGCACCUGAAUUAUUUGUGCAAAGUAUGGAUCAAAUUAUACAACAAACAAAAUUACCGUUACUAUCAAACUAUGCACCAGUACGUGUAUUUCAAUGUAGUUGUUGUCAUCAACAAGGUACAUACAAAUGGGUUGUUGAGAGACAUAUUCGAGCAAAACAUCCUGAUAUGCCUGAUGUUAAAGUAAUUGAAUUACCAGCCGAAUUAGCUGUUAAAUUACAAAGAAUAACACCAUCAUUAAAACGUUUUCGUUGUUCAUUAUGUCCACUACAAUCAAAACAUACAUGGGUUAUCAUCCGACAUAUUAAACAUUUUCAUACAUUACAAACAGCUACUGUUUUGGAUAUAUUACCAGAAAAUGAUACAUCAUCGAUAAAUCCCAAAACAACCAAGGAACAGUUUUCAUAUAUGAAUGAGGAAUAUUCCGAUGAAAAAGUUGUUAAACAAUAUAAUACUGAAUCGAAUUCGUCAUCAGUUAGUAGUACGUGUACCGAUACAGAAUUAAAACGUCAUCUAACAUCGUCUACAUCGAAUUUAAUGAAAAUAAAUUCACUCGAAAAUGAAUUGAAUGGAUUGAAAAAAGAAUGGAAUGAUGACAUGAACGAUGAGGAAGAAGAAAGCGAUAGUGGAUGUUUUCCUAUUAAAGAUAAUUCCACGAUGAAACUGGAACAAACAAAUUUUUCAGCAACGUAUACCCAUCAAUGUUCAUUAUGUGAAUAUCAAUCGAAUUUAUUGAGUAAAGUACAACAGCAUUUACAAGAACAACAUGGUAAUCAGACAGGUGGUCAUGUAUUAACACAUUGUACGAGCACUAAUUAUGAAUCAAAAGAAAUACGACCAUAUCAGCAAUCGAAAACAUCAGCCAAAAAAUCCAUAUAUACAAAAAAUGAUAUAAUGAUCACAACAGCAAAAGGAAUUACUCGUUCAUUAUCGCCAUCAAGUGCAUUAGCCAAAGCAAAAUUUUCACCAGCUGUUGAAGAAGCCCUACUUUCAUUACAAGGUUCAAAGUCAUCUGGUUUGUAUGUCGUACAACCAAAGUUUGGUAUUAAACGUUUGAAAUGUCGACAUUGUUUUUAUCGAUCAAAUUGGAAAACGGAUAUGAUUCGACAUGUACGUAUUCGACACAAUAUGACAGAGCCAGAUCAUAAUAAAGAUAUGAUUAUGAUGACUGAAACAGAAGCAAGAUCAACAAUAGAAACGUAUGAGAAUACAUUUGGAAAAGAAUUACGUCGACGAACGUUUCGAACAUGGCAAGACUGGGCAAAAGCGGAACAAGAAUUCACACCUAAGGAUGGAUCACUACAAUAUGCCAUUAAUUCCAAUUUAUCCGCGAUGGAGCAAAUGAAUUAUAAUGGUAAACCUCAUAAUUCAUUAUUAUCAAAAUCAAACAGUAAAAAAACGAUCGUUACCCACAAUGUACCAUUAGUAUCAUCAUUAUCGUCAAAUAUUAAACACGAGCCGUAUAUAGAACGUCUAGAUGAUAAUAUUAAACGACGAAAGGAUUAUAUAACAACAGAUUUUAUUAAAAAUGAAUUUAAACAAGAGCCACCCGAUGUCGUUUGCGUUUUACAACAACAUCCAACUCAAAUAUAUUCAACAAUGCCAAAAACAUCAUGGAAUGAUCCAUCACUCAAACAAUUACCCAAUUAUCCAUCGAAUAUUGUCAGUCGUUUAUUAUUAUCAUCAUCGUCUCCCCCUCUUAAUUUUUCAUCACAAAACGAUGAUUCAGCCGAUGUACCUCUAGAUCUAUCACUUAAAACAGCCACGACAACAUUAACUCAAUCGGAUGCAACUACAUCAGAAACAUCAUAUGACGUUGAUAUAUCAGAUAAUAAUGUGCAACAUCAACUCAAUGAUCAAUUAGCAUCCUCAUUACCACGAAACUUUGACUCAUGUUCUUUAUGUCCAUUUCAACAUAGAAAUCCAUUGAUCAUGGAACGUCAUCUAUCAUUACAUCUAUAUGGUAAAAGUUAUCAAUGUUCACUAUGUAAUUAUACAUCAAAAUUACGAUCAACAAUUCAAAAGCAUUGCUUAUCUACUCAUCCUGAUCAACAAGUAAAAAUAUUACAAACGUCAAGAAAUUCAAAUGCUAGAAUGAAAUCACCAUCAUCAGCGUUAAAUCAUGAUACAGAUGACGAGGAACAGAUAUGUUCAAUAUGUCCAUAUAAAUGCUAUGAUCGUCAAUUAUUUGAAAAACAUUUGAAACAUCAUAAACAACUUUUGAAAUAUAAAUGUAAUCAUUGUAGUUAUUACGUUAACCAUGAACGUAUGUUAAAACAACAUGAAUUAUUACAUAUGGAUAAUAGCGGUAAUGAUGGAGACCAAUUUUUCAAUUCAAAUUCAGACCUAGAAGAGAACGAUGAUGAAAUUGAGGAGCAAGAAGACAUAAAUACUUCUCAUAAACCUACCUCAAAAAAACUGGCAAUAUCAGGAGAUGAUUACGAAUGUCCCUUAUGUGGAAAACAACAAACGAAUUUAGAACAAUUUACACUUCAUUUACAUUCCCACAAUCAAAAUAACAAUCAAUGUCCAUUUUGUUCUUAUUUAUCACCAUCAAAUAAUUUAAUUAUUGAACAUAUUAAAUUACAUUUUAACGGUCAUUUAACCGAACCAGAUUUAUUAUUUGGCAUUGAACGUGUUAAAGAGUUAUUAGAACAACCAUGA